AUGAGUUCCAAGAUAGAUCCGGCUAAACUGAAGGUAGUAGAUUUACGGAAUGAACUUUCGGCUCGAGGGCUUGAUGCGAAAGGCACCAAACCUAUACUCGUUAAACGUUUAAAAGAAGCCUUAGAGAACGAAUUAGAUGAAGAAAUAGCUGAUACAUCAAUAUUAGAUACUUCAACGGAGGAGGUUGAAGAUGACCUGACGCCAAAAAAUACCUCGCUUACCGAUGCAAAGGACGAAGCGGCGAGGGUCGCGGGAAGCGCCCCUUCUCCGGAACAGGACGUACCCGACGAAGGUGAAUCCGAAAAAACCGACGAACCUGUGGCAACACUAGAACCUACACCGGUGCCUGAAAUCGAAUCGACGCCUGCACCAGCCGAGGUGCCAGUACCUGAAGUUAAGCCUACGCCUGUACCUGAGGAAUCCAAGCCUUUGGUGAAAUCGCCCGAAAAGCAAGAUGCCCCAGUCGAGUCCUCCGAGGCGCCUACAAUAGAAGACAAUGACGCGGAAGAGCAAGAGGCUUCGAAUAAACCCGAAAAUCUUCCCGCUUCUAUGGAAGCCAAUUCAGAACCAACUGAAGAAGCUGCAUCAGAACAAGAAAACGGAGAACAGGAAGAUAAAAUGGACGCUCAGGACGAUGCCUCGAAGACGGCGGACGAAAAGGACGCCGAUGACCAACAGAAAGGCGAAAAACGCAAGAGAAACAGCGAUUCGCCCGAUCGAUCGCACAAGCGACAGAGGACCCCCAUCAAAGAAGACGAGCCCGAAAUAAACGCCGAGGCUGUACAGCUCAGCUGGUACGAUUCAGAUCUAUACUUGCAAGUAGAUAAAACAUCAUUUUUAUCCGCGAAGCCAAUGAACGACGGUGCAUUUGGAUACGUAUGGGCCGGAGCUAGAGCUACGCACGGAAUUUCAACGGGAAAGGUCUGCUACGAAAUGAAAAUAACGGAGAAAUUAAAAUGGGACGAUUGGCAACAACAACCGGAUCAUCGAGACAACAGGUACAGGGACAGACGAAGCAGACGAGAUUAUUACGACAGAGACGAUAAGAGAAACACCGAUAACGUCAAAAACGAUCCAGAGAAACCUAAAGAGGACCCUAAAGAAGACCCCAAAGAGACUGAUAACGCGAGUGAGAAUAAAGACGAAGAAAUUCCAUGCGAGAAAGACGAGAAGGACCAAACCGAAGCCGAAGCAGUCGAACCGAUGGAGACUAACGAAAGUGAAGCUGUCGAAAAGAAAGAUGAUGACAAACCAGAAGAAAAAGACGAUCAGAAUGAAACGGACGAUAAGAACGAACAAGACGAUAAGAAUGAACAAGAUAAUAAAACUGAACAGGACGAUAAGAACGAGAAAGAGGACAAAAAGGAGGAAACUCCGGAAGAAGAAUUCGUUCCUAUACCGACUCAUUUUAUCAGACUGGGUUGGUCAGCCGCUUGGACUUCAUUACAACUGGGAGAAGAUGAUAAAUCGUACGGUUACGAUUCCUCUGGAAAAAUCGUUAAAAACAAGGAGUUCUCCGAUUACGGUAUAACGUUCGAUGUUGGAGACGUAAUUGGUACAUUUUUGGACAUCAACGACUCGUCAAUAACGCUUCAAUUCACCGUGAAUGGACAAAUUCAACCGACUAUCGAAAUACCCAGGGACGAUUUACCCGAAGAUCUCGCCUUGUUCCCUCACGUUCUAUCCAGAAACUACGCCUUAGAAUUGAAUUUCGGCGAACAGGACGAACCGUGGUGCGCCGUACCUUCGGAACUGUCCGAUUACACAUUCAUAAGCAAAGUUGAGGAUAAAGUAGCCGGUCCAACGAGACCCGAAACCAGAUCAGAUUGUGAGGUGCUUAUGAUGUGCGGUCUACCAGCUUCAGGAAAAAGCGAGUGGGUCAAGAAUCACAUUGCUGCUGAUGUGGAUAAACAUUACACUGUACUGGGUGUCUCCAAUUUGUUCGAUAGAAUGACGGUAUUUGGAGAACCAAUGAAGUCGAAGUUCAAGGGUAAAUGGAGCACUCUAGUGGACAGGAUCUCGAAAAUUUUGAAUAGAUUAGUAUUCAUGGCGGCUCAAAGAAGGAGGAACUACAUUAUCGAUCAGACAAACGUGUUCCCAUCAGCCCAGCGCCGUAAAAUGCGGCCGUUUGAGGGCUUCAAGAGAAAGGCGAUCGUACUUGUAAACGAAGACGAAGAACAGGCUAGACGUCAGGCUUUGCAAGAGACCCUGGAGGGUAAAGAGGUCCGCGAUAGUACUUUGCUUGACAUGAAAGCCACCAUGGCCAUACCCGAGGCGGGCGAUUGGCUCGAAGAAGUCGUUUACGUCGGCGUAGACGAGGAAAAGGCCAAGAAAAUCAUCAAGGAUUACAACGCAGAGGGUCAAUCGGCCGGAUACGGACACGAAAAGAGAUACAAGAGAGACUGGUGGAAUCAGAAUAAAAGAAAUAACUACCGCUCGGGAAGGAACUAUCAAAGACCGAGAAGCGGCGGCUACAACCGCCAAUACGGCCCGUCCCCGUGGGUUCAAUCGAGACAAGGCGGCGGCGGCGGUGGCGGCGGCGGCGGAUGGAAGGAUCAAAGAACGCGCGAAUGGAGAGGUAACGAUUACAACCGAAGAGAUAGGGAUUACUAUUCGCAAUCCGGCUACGGAGGCGGCGGCGGCGGCGGUCGCUAUCAAUCGAGCAACAGAUCCCAGGGCGGCGGCGGCCAGCGUUGGGGCGGCAACGGCGGCGGCGGCGGUUGGGGAGGCGGUUGGAAUCAACAGAGCUACGGCAGGCAGAAUUGGAAUAAUCAGGGCGGCAACGGCGGCGGUCAGGGCAAUUGGAGCGGCGGCAAGUACGGUUCGUCCGGCUCGGGGUACAGCAGCUGGAGUUAUUACGGGCAACAGCAACAACAUUGGAGCGGACAGGGGCAGCAGCAGCAACAACAACAAAGUCAUUCUGGUUAUGCGAUGAAUACCCCGAGUCAGGGCCAAACGCAGGGCCAGUACGCCCAAGGUUAUAGUACCCAGGAAGCGUGGGCACAAUACGCCAAGCAGUAUGCUCAGCAUCAGCAAAUGGCGCAAAAUCAACCAGCGGCUGAUACAACCCAAAACAAAUAA